AUGGGCUCUGUCGUCGAUGAGCUGCAUGAGCAUCCAAAUGGAUGGUACGGCAAGGAGCCGUGGUGGAAGGAGGCGACGUUCUACCAGGUCUACCCGGCAAGCUUCAAGGACUCCAACGGCGAUGGCUGGGGCGACAUUCCGGGCCUCAUAUCAGAGGUUGACUACCUGCACGAGUUGGGCGUCGAUGUCGUUUGGCUCUCUCCGGUCUUCGACAGUCCCCAGAGCGACAUGGGCUAUGAUGUUUCCGACUACCAGAAAAUCUACGCGCCAUAUGGUUCGAUCCAGGAUGUCGACACCCUUGUCAAGGCCUGCCACGACCGUGGCAUGAAGCUGAUUCUGGACCUCGUCGUCAACCACACCUCGAUCGAGCACGAGUGGUUCAAGGAGUCGCGGUCCAGCAAGACAAACCCAAAGAGAGACUGGUACAUCUGGCGACCGGCGCGCUACGAUGCCGACGGCCGGCGGAUGCCCCCCACCAAUUGGCGCAGCUACUUUGCCGGGCCAACCUGGACGUGGGACGAGCACACCCAGGAGUACUACUUGCACCUAUAUGCCUCUGACCAGCCGGACCUCAACUGGGAGUCUGAAGAGUGUCGCGAGGCCAUAUACGAGGACACGAUGCGGUUCUGGUUGCGCCGCGGGGUCGACGGGUUCCGCAUCGACACAGUCAACAAGUACUCGAAACGCACAGAAUAUGUAGAUGCACCAGUCACAGAUCCGACCUCGCCUCAUCAGCCGGCACCUGAGAUGUGGUGCAACGGCCCGCGGAUCCACGAGUUCAUAAGCGAGCUCCAGGAGAAGGCGUUGGCUCCGUUCGGGGCGAUAUCGGUUGGCGAGCUGUCCAAUACUCCGCACCCGAGCCAGGUGGUGCCCUAUGUGUCUGCCGCGGCCAAGGAGCUUGACAUGGUGUUUGAGUUCAGCAUGAUACGGCUGGGAACAGGCGGCAUGUUUGGUCCCAAGUAUCACUAUGUACCGUUUGAGCUGCCGACGCUCAAGGGGCUUGUGGACAAGUGGCAGAGAUUCAUUGAGGGGACUGAUGCCUGGACGACAGUGUUUUGCGAGAAUCACGACAAUGGGCGGGCCGUGAGCCGCUUUGGUGACUGCUCGACACGAGACCUGUGGGCAGCUAGUGCGAAGACGCUGGCCUCGUGGCAGGCGACGCUGACGGGGUCGCUCUUUUUGUAUCAAGGCCAGGAGAUUGGCAUGACCAAUAUGCCUGUGUCGUGGGGCAUCGACGAGUACAAGGACAUUGAGAGCCUCAACUUCUACGCCGAGGCCAAGCGGUCGGGGCGACAAGACGAGAUUGACAAGACGAUGCAUGGGCUGCGCAUCCUGGCGAGGGACCACUCGAGGAUCCCGUUUCAGUGGGACGACGGGCCGAACGCGGGGUUCUCACAGGAGGGAGCGAGGCCCUGGAUGCGAGUGCACGAUGAGUAUCGGGACAUCAAUGCCCGGCGGCAGCGGGACGAUCCAGAGUCGGUGCUCAGCUUCUACAAGCGGGUGCUCCGGCUUCGCAAGCAGCUGCGCGAUGUUCUCGUGUUUGGCACAUUCCGGCUGCUGGCAGCAGAUGACAAGGCCAUCUUUGCAUACGUCAAGGAGGGGGCCAGCCAGCGGAGAAGAGCGGUCGUGGUGCUCAACUUUUCACGAGAGGAACACGACUGUCCUGAUGUGUGCGAGGCACUUGGGUGUGCGUCUGAGCAGACGACGGCGACAUUGGUGCUGAGCACGGCGGACCAGGCAGGGAGCAAGGCGAGGCCGACGCAGGGCAGAGAGGCGAGACUGAAGCCGUGGGAGGGGCGGAUCUACACCAACUUUGCGGUAUGA